CGUCACUGAGAAUUUCGGUGUCAGCGAAAGAAGAGCCCCAAAGAUCCAGCGAUCCCAAACCAACCCGUUUGGUUCUCUCUCUUCCCUCAAAACAAACUUGCUUGGACAGAAAGAAGGCAAGAGAGAUACAAACAUAAUAGAAGAAGUCCACAGCACUGUAUUAGCUAGCUACCGUAGCCAUGGCGACAACCACUCCCAGUACAGGACGGCCCAAUGAGUCUGAGAUUGAGACGGACAUUACCAUUUACGGCGCGACUAGCUUUGUUGCUCGUCAUAUCUUGAUGUAUCUCAAGGACGUCGGCCCGUCGCUUCCCCGCAAACUCACCAUUACAUUGGCAGGACGGAACGAAUCCAAACUCCAAAAGAUUCUUCAAGACAACAACAACACUGACACUUCUAAUAGCAAUAACAAUAUCUCCUUGGAUAUCUUUGUGGCGGAAAGUACCGACGCUCCCGCCCUACACACCAUGGCGUCGCGCACCCGCACCAUUAUCAACUGUGCCGGUCCUUUUGAAAAAUACUCGAGUGGCGUCGUCAAGGCAUGCGCCGACACUGGCUGUGAUUACACGGAUAUUACCGGAGAAGUCCAUUGGGUCGGUGCCAUGCGGGUCAAGUACGGAACGGCCGCCGCCAAAUCCGGAGCCCGCAUUAUAUCGCUGUGUGGAUUUGAUUCCGUUCCCAGCGACUUGUCCAUUUUUGCCGCUGUGCAAGCCUUGCGCGCAAAAGUACCCGACGCUCAAGUAGAAACGGCACGAACGUGGCAUUCCGUGUUUGGCAUGGCCGGAGGUGGAACUUUGGCGACCAUGCAUCAGAUGCAACCCGAUAUUGGCCGGUGUUUCUUGGACAGUAGCAACAACAAUUCACUGCGUCCGGUUCCCUUUAUGCUAUUUGAUCCACUCGUCUUGACGCAUCCCGAAACGGUUCGAUUCAAUCCGGAUCAUCAAGACGAUCGAAAUCGCAUGGCAUUGGCCGAAUGGUGGAAUCUAUUGCCGUAUCCACAUACCAUUUUCAAACAAGGAGUCAGCAUUCCCUUUUUCAUGGGCGUGUGCAAUUCCAAAGUGGUUCAUGCCAGUGCCCUGGCAUUGAAUUAUGGACCCAACAUUUCGUAUUACGAACGAUUCUUACCACUGGGAUUCGAAUUGACACUGGGAUUUGGACUCUUUUCCACCAUUCCCAGUCUCAUCAUUCUGUUUGCCAUUGCCAUGGGAGGAUUGAUCCUACAAAUACCCAUUCUCAGUGAUUUACUACUCAAAGUGUUUGCUCCGCCGGGAACCGGUGCUUCGGAUGAAAUGUGUGCCAAAGGGCAUGCCGAAGUCUAUGCCGAAGUCAAGGCACCACUGUCGGUAGCCGGCAAGGUUUCGUGUGCCAAUGUUUACAUGGAGUUCCAAGGAGAUCCCGGCAACAUGGUCACGGCACAGUGUGUCGUCGAAUCGGCAUUGAGUUUGGUACUCGAUCGCGACAAUUUGCCACCACGCAGUAAAGACGGGUUUGGGACACCAGCUGAGCUUUUAGGGCCCGUAUUGCUACAAAGAUUGAGGAACACAAAAGUGCGGCCGGUGACGGUGAAAACCAAUGUGCGAAAGAGUGAACGAGAGCACGAGUACAAAGUGUACAUUUUUUAGUUAGUUGUUAGUAAUGACUAUGCAUACGAGAAGCAAGGGUGUGUCCAUUGACUUGGUGACAAUACAUUACUAGCGAGCGUACGGUAGUAACUAGAUGCUGUACCUGAGCUUCCAUGUCUCGUACUACUAGCUAUCUAGCACUAAUGCCAUCCUCGCACUGGUGGCCACUCUCUGAAAGAAGCUAGCUAGUAUGAUGGAGUCACUUUCUAAUGGUAGGCAUGCAGCCAGAAAGAAACAAAAGGGCUCCUACAGUAUUCCAAAAUACCGGUAGCACUCGUGGUGCACACCCCUGUACCGUACGGUACCGGUACCUGUACCGGUACCAGUACCCAUCUGAAAUUUUCAACCUGGAAUUUUUACCGACCGGUACCAUGAGAAAGCCAAGAUACCGUUCACACCAUCCCCCAAGCUCUUUCGAUAGAAGAUGGCGACGGACCCUCUAUCACCAGCCAUUGGACUCCAAGAGGCCAUCGAUAGAGCCGGGUUUUCUUCGUUCCGGUGCAUUGCUGAUCUCGGCUUUGUCAGUUGGCGUCCUCCUCCAAGGAAUCGAGGGAAGGGAGCUCC